AUGGAUCCUACUUUAAACAACAGAUGCGUCUUUUGGGAUUAUGACGAUAUAACAAAAUGUGGUAGAAAUUUAACAUUAGGCUAUUAUUUGCCAUUGUCACUUUCAGGAUUAAUUAUCUUUUAUGUUUUUAUUAAUCUCAUUGUUAAUUAUUAUAGAUACAAUAUUUUGGGCCUUCCAAAAAAUAAUGUAAUAGAGGAAGUAUUAUAUGGAACAUUUGAUCAACUCUCAGAAGCUAAUAAUGAAGAAGUGCCGUUGUUAAUUGGUUCUAAUUCAAUUAAUCAUAAAUCUAUACCGAGUAAUAGUGCAGCUGGCGCUAUAAAGGAUAAACAUUUCUCUUUGGAUAGGUUAAACCCAAUAAGCGCAAAUGGAGCAACACAUGGUAAGCCAAAAGUAAUUAAACGUAAUUAUAUUGAAAAAUCAAGAUUAAUUGUUGAAUUUCUUUUGGUUUGUUCACAAUGUAUAAUUCAUUAUUCGAUGUUGAAAUACUAUUCAACCAUACAUGAUCAAUAUCCGUUAAAUUCAAUUAUAGCAAAUAUGAUUGUUUAUUGCAUCCUAUUGAUAUUAGUUUCACUUAGACUCAUAAAUAUUAACGAUAAUGUGAGAUACAUUUAUUAUUAUGCUGGAAACAUUUGGGCGGCAUCAUUUGGAGCUUAUACAAUUCUAUUUGUCUCUAAUUUUUUCACUUAUCGUUCAUUGUUAAUAGGUCAUAUUGAUGAUAAAAUUCUGAGGAGAUAUUUUACUUCUCAAUUCUAUAUUGUUGCAAUUUUAUUCAACUUGUUAUUCUUUGCGCCUAUUAAAAAUUCAUUCGCAUUAAGUUAUAAAACAGAUGAUUGGAUAAUUCCAUCCCCUGAGCCUAUUACAUCAAUUGCUAGCUUUGUUAGUUUCAGUUGGAUUGACCCUUUUGUAUACAAAGCUUAUAGAACAAGUUUGAAGGCAAAAGAUAUUUGGGGUUUAAUCAUGCAAGAUUAUUCUAUAUUCGUAGUUAAGCAAUUUAGAGAUUACUCAAAUAAAUUUUUAGGAAAAAAAAGAGGGUUUUCUUAUAUUUUGAUAAUGUUUUUCUCGAACUAUAUUCAAUUGCAAGCUUUAUGGGCUAUCCUCGAUAGUGUUUUGACCUUUGCGCCAACAAUUUUAUUAAAAAAGAUUCUAGAAUAUAUUGAAGACAGAUCAUCUGCAUCUUUAAAUUUGGCAUGGCUCUAUGUUUUUUUGAUGUUCUUCUGUAGAGUUAUUGUAGCUGCAUGUUCAGGACAAGCUUUAUUUUUUGGAAGAAGAGUAUGUGUCAGAAUGAGAAGUAUUUUAGUUUCUGAAAUUUACUCAAAGGCUUUGAAAAGAAAAAUUUCUAAUGAUAAAAGUGCAAGCUUAAAAGACUUGAAUGAGCAAGAAGAAGUGGAUCCUCAAAUUGAAAAUGAUUUAGAGAAUAUAGAUGGUGAUGAAGAGUCAAAAUCAUCCAAUUUAGGAUCUAUUAUUAAUUUGAUGGCAGUUGAUACGUUUAAAGUUGCUGAUAUAUGUGCAUACUUGCAUCACUUCGUUGAGGCAGUCGUUAUGACAAUUGUCGCCUUAAUUUUACUAUUCAAAUUAUUGGGUGUAGCAGCUAUUGUUGGUGCUUCUUUGAUUAUCGCGCUGCUACCAUUAAACUUUAAGUUGGCAAGUCUUCUAGGUAAAUACCAGAAAAAGUCCUUAGAAGUUACUGAUAAACGUAUUCAGAAAUUAAAUGAAGCCUUCCAAGCUAUUCGCAUCAUUAAGUUUUUUUCAUGGGAAGAUAACUUUGAGAAAGAUAUAUUAGAAGUGAGAGAAAGAGAACUUCGAAUGAUUCUCAUCAGAUCAAUUGUUUGGGCUAUUAGUUCAUUUGUAUGGUUUGUUACACCAACUAUUGUAACAGGUGCAUCUUUUACUUACUACGUUUAUGUUCAAGGAGAAGUACUAACAAUUCCUGUUGCAUUUACUGCACUAUCGUUAUUUGCAUUAUUGAAAAUUCCUUUAGAUACAUUUUCUGAUAUGCUAAGUUUUGUUAUUCAGUCAAAAGUAUCAUUGGAUAGAAUUCAAGAAUUCUUGGAAGAAGAAGAUACCAAGAAGUACGAGCAAUUGACAGUAGAUAAAUAUCAAAAUAAAAUUGCAUUUAAAAAUGCAACAACAACUUGGAACAAAGAAAAACAGGACUUUAAGUUAAGAAAUAUUGAUAUCGAUUUCAAAAUUGGUAAAUUAAAUGUAAUUAUUGGGCCCACCGGUUCUGGUAAGACUUCUCUAUUAAUGGCUUUAUUGGGUGAGAUGGAUUUGAUAGAUGGUGAGAUAAUCGUUCCAUGCUUGGAUCCUAGAGAGGACUUAAAACUCGACGCCAACGGUUUGACAAAUUCUAUUGCCUAUUGUUCUCAGGCUGCCUGGCUCUUAAAUGAUACUGUAAGAAAUAAUAUUUUAUUCAACAGUCCAUAUUGCGAAGAAAGAUACAAUGCUGUCGUCGAAGCUUCUGGGUUGAAAAGAGAUUUUGAAAUAUUGAAUGCUGGUGACAUGACUGAAAUUGGUGAAAGAGGUAUCACGUUAUCUGGAGGACAAAAACAAAGGGUUUCUCUAGCUAGAGCAUUGUAUUCCAAUUCUAAGCACUUAUUAUUGGAUGAUUGUCUUAGUGCUGUUGAUUCCCACACUGCUACUUGGAUUUAUGACAAUUGUAUUUCUGGACCAUUGAUGGAAAAUAGGACAUGUAUCCUUGUCUCUCAUAAUAUUGCGUUAACCCUGAGAAAUGCGGAUUAUGUUGUAAAGUUAGAAAAUGGUAAAAUUGUCGAACAUGGUGAGCCUCUUACUUUACUAAAAAAAGGUGUCCUUGGAGAAGAUGAGAUGGUGAAAACAAGCAUUAUGUCUAGCCAUGGAUCUUCUACAAACUUGGCUACUAAGAGCUACCUAAAUAUGACUAAGUUAAAUAAUCAAAUGAAGGCAUCUAGUCCAUCUGAAUUGCAAUCUAAAAAAGAUACAGAUGCAGAGAGAGCUAAAAAAGGUAAAUUAAUUGAGGAAGAAAAGAAAGCUGAGGGUGUUGUUAGCAUUAAAGUCUACAAGUGGUACUUAAAUAUCUUUGGUGGUUUCAAAAUCAUCGUUAUUUUACUGUGCGUUUUUUCUAUUGUACAGGCAAUCUAUGUUGGUCAAUCAUGGUGGAUUCGUUACUGGCUCUCGAAUGGAACAGCAGCUACUAUACAAGCUCUAACUGGAAAAAUAGCAACAUAUACAAGUAACACUAUAUUCCAGGUAUUUGUUGCAAUUGGAUCGGCGGUUCGUUCUGAUUUUAACACAACUAACUCAGAAACUGUAAAUUCCAAAAAGGAACAUAGUCCAGCAUACUACUUGUCUGUUUACUUUCUUAUUGGUAUCAUCAAUGCUAUCCUAGCUGCUUUGAAGAAUAUCUUUAAUUACUAUAGUGGUAUUGCUGCAUCGAGAAAAAUCUUUUCAUUGUUGUUAAACAAGGCACUUCACGCAAAUUUAAGGUUUUUUGACUCUACUCCUAUUGGUAGAAUAAUGAAUAGAUUUUCCAAAGAUAUGGAAGCAGUUGAUCAGGAAUUAGUUCCUUACUUGGAAGCUGCACUUUACUGCAUUAUUGAUAUUUCUUCGACCAUCCUGUUGAUUACAUAUAUUACUCCUGAGUUUUUGAUAAUUGCAAUUUUGGUUGCUGGUUUAUAUUAUGCUAUUGGUGUGUUAUAUCUUGCAGGUUCCCGUGAACUGAAGAGAUUUGAUUCAAUAACAAAAUCCCCUAUAUAUCAACAUUUUUCUGAGACCCUUGUUGGUGUCACAACUGUUCGUGCUUAUGGAGAUGAAGCUCGUUUUAUGCGUGAAAAUCUCAAGAUGAUUGAUGAGAAUAACAAGCCCUUCUUUUACUUGUGGGUUUCCAAUCGUUGGUUAGCUUUUAGAAUCGACGUAGUCGGUGCACUAGUUAUUUUUGGCUCUGGUGUCUUCGUUUUAUUGAACAUCGACAAAAUUGAUUCUGGUUUAGCUGGUAUAUCUCUAUCAUUCGCGAUUUCAUUUACUGAGAGCGCUCUAUGGUUAGUGAGACAUUAUUCUAACUUGGAAAUGAAUAUGAAUUCUGUAGAAAGAUUGAUGGAAUACAUGGAAGUUGAACAAGAACCUUAUAAAUCAAGCUCAUUGGAUGUUCCUUCUAGUUGGCCAGAAGAAGGUAAGAUAGAAGUUAACGAUGUCUCCCUACGUUAUGCUCCCAACUUGCCUAGGGUUAUUAAAAAUGCCACUUUUACUGUUGAUCCAAAGAUGAAGGUUGGUAUUGUUGGCAGAACAGGUGCAGGUAAAUCUACAAUUAUAACUGCGUUGUUUAGAUUUUUGGACCCAGAAACAGGUAGUAUCAAAAUAGAUAAUGUUGACAUUUCAACUAUUGAAUUGAAAAAAUUGCGUAGAUCUAUUACCAUUAUACCUCAAGAUCCAACUUUAUUCUCCGGUACUAUUAAGAGUAACUUGGAUCCCUAUGAUGAAUAUUCCGAGAAACAGAUAUUUGAAGCAUUGAAAAGAGUCAACUUGGUAACUGAGAAAGAAUUGGCUUCUGGAAAUUCAGAUCAACAAUCAAUUGCCUCCGGAAAUGCGAAUAAGUUUUUGAAUGUGAAUAAUGAAAUAAGUGAAGGUGGUAGUAACCUAUCGCAGGGUCAACGCCAACUGGUUUGUCUUGCACGUUCAUUACUUCGUUGUCCUAAAGUUAUUCUCUUAGAUGAAGCAACUGCUUCAAUAGAUUAUGCUUCAGAUGCAAAAAUACAAGAAACUAUAAGAAAUGAAUUUGACGAUAGUACAAUUUUAACUAUCGCACAUAGAUUAAGAACAGUUAUAGAUUAUGACAAAAUUCUAGUUAUGGAUGCUGGUGAAGUGAAGGAAUUUGAUCAUCCUUAUUCCCUAUUACUAAAUAAAAAUAGCAUAUUUUAUGGCAUGUGUGAACAGAGUGGUGAGCUAGACUUAUUAUUAGAUUUGUCAAAAGAAGCAUUUGUGAAAAAAUUAAAUUCUAAAUAG